CUUUGAAGGAGAGGACAAGGGCUGGGCUAUGAAAGAGUUGCCUUCACUGGGGUGUCAUUACUUGAGUCACGCCUCUGUCUCUCUUUUAAUGGCUUGAAUCCUCCUACUCUGAUUUUUAAUAGGGUUUUUUUCUGUGAGUGCUUCAGACUGAUGUGUAAUUAGACUGUGAUGUGCAGAUUCAUCCCGUGGACCCUCUUUUAAUGCCCAACUGGAGAAAAAACUCAUGGAUUUUUAUGAAACUCAUCCUCCAGGGAAGGUGGAUUUAUCUAGCAAAAGACCAGUCUUGGUUCUGCAGAAUGAUGCCCUAUACUCCCAAAGACGACAGUUUACUAAUGAGGAUGAGGCCUGGAAGUCUUUUCUUGAAAACCCACUUACGGCGGCUACCAAAGCCAUGAUGAGCAUUAAUGGGGAUGAAGACAGUGCUGCUGCCUUGGGCCUCCUGUAUGAUUACUAUAAGGUUCCCCGGAGAACAUCGGCAGUGAAACCUGAUGUUGAUCAUUCUGACCAAGACCAUGGCAAAAGGAACAGUAUACCAAACAUGACUGAACAGGCACUCAUCGCUGGUGGGGAAAACCAGGUCCAGGUCUUGAAAAACAUGCCUUUGAAUAUUGUUCUCCCUCACACUUCCCAAAUGAAUGUUGACAAGAGGAACCACCUGACGCCUCCAGACACCACCGUCACGGUCUCUAUUGCCUCCAUGCCCACCCACUCAAUCAAGACAGAAACUCAGUCACACAGCUUUACUGUGGGCAUCCCUCCUGCGGGCAUCUAUCACUCGGAAGCACCUGAUCCAGUUGUGGUUUUAGACAGGCGUCUCAAUACUGACCAGUUUAAUUCUGCCACCCCAACACAGAAUUCCCAGCGGAGGACUCCAGAUUCUACCUUCUCAGAGUCUUUUAAAGAAGGCGUGCAAGAGGUUUUUUUCCCCGCCGAGCUGAACCUCCGGAUGUCCAACAUGGGUUCUGAAGACUACGUGUUUGAAAGCAUCGCUGGAAACAAUUUUGAAUACACAUUGGAAGCUUCUAAAUCUCUGCGACAGAAGCCAGGAGAUAAUACCAUGACUUACCUAAACAAGGGGCAGUUUUAUCCCAUUACACUGAAAGAAAUGAGUGGCGGUGAAGGGAUCCAUCAACCCAUCAGCAAAGUUCGAAGUGUCAUCAUGGUUGUAUUUGCUGAAGACAAAACAAGAGAAGAUCAGCUCAGGCAUUGGAAGUACUGGCACUCCAGGCAGCACACAGCCAAACAAAGGUGCAUUGACAUAGCUGAUUAUAAGGAAAGCUUCAACACCAUCAGUAACAUCGAGGAGAUAGCCUACAAUGCCAUCUCCUUUAGUUGGGACAUCAAUGAUGAAGCAAAGGUUUUCAUUGCAGUAAACUGCCUCAGUACAGAUUUCUCUUCCCAGAAAGGUGUGAAAGGACUUCCUUUGAAUCUUCAGAUUGAUACCUACAGCUACAACAACAGGAGCAACAAACCUGUCCAUAGAGCUUACUGCCAGAUUAAAGUCUUUUGUGAUAAGGGAGCAGAAAGGAAGAUCAGGGACGAGGAACGAAAACAAAGCAAAAGAAAAGGCAAGUGCACUGACCCCAGCUCCCAGCUGAAUGCCUUUUCUGAUGUCAAAGUGCCCAUGCUCCCAUCCCACAAGCGUACAGACAUCACUGUCUUCAAGCCAUUUAUGGAUCUUGAUACCCAGCCAGUUCUCUUCAUACCUGAUGUUCAUUAUUCCAAUAUUCAGCGUGGAGCUCAUGUGUUUCCUCUUGUAUCUGAUGAACUGGAGGGAGAAGGGAGCUCUACCAUGAAGAGGGGGCCUUACUUAAAUGAAGAUGAUUUUUCUGCCAGCCCAAUUAAGUUAUCACGAAUAGAAGAACCCAAAAGAGUGUUGUUGUAUGUUCGAAAGGAAUCGGAAGAAGUUUUUGAUGCACUUAUGCUCAAGAUUCCAUCUCUGAAAGGAUUAAUGGAAGCUAUAUCUGACAAAUAUGAUGUCCCUAUUGAUAAAAUUGGGAAAGUAUUCAAGAAAUGUAAAAAGGGCAUCUUAGUGAAUAUGGAUGAUAACAUUGUGAAGCACUAUUCCAAUGAAGACACCUUCCAGUUACAGAUUGAAGAGGCUGCUGGAACGUACAAACUCACUCUCACAGAGAUCUGAAACUGACUUUUGUUCGGCCUUUUGUGGUGGGAAGGGGGGUUAUAAAUGAAGGUUGUGAACACAAGCCUCUCAUUACCUUUUAUCCUCAGGGUUUAAAGAGUCCUUUAGGGAAGAAGCCAUUUAUUCUUCCAGAGAAGAAUAUCUUUCCACUGUGUGUUUGCUUUUUUAAAAAACAAGACUGACAUGCACCCACACUUCUGUCCUUUGCCUGCAAUAUUGCAGUUUGAAUAAAUGAACCGAAGGCACAUAUUGAG